AUGGCUCUUCAAACAACUCCCACGACGGUUGGCAAUAUGUACGACCAAUUCACCGACUUGUUGACCGACAUGAUGGGAGGCUAUAUCCACGUUGGUUAUUGGCAUGACAACAACAAGGAAGAGAGCAUAGAGGUGGCCACCGACCGACUGACUUUCGAGGUGGGAAACAGGGUUUCUCCCAGCCCAGCCCAGCGCAUUCUUGACGUUGGCUGCGGUACGGGAAAGGCCACUGUGCAAAUCGCCAAGGCCUAUGAUGUCCAAGUCACUGGAAUUAGUGUCAGCAACCACCAGAUUGAGCUGGCCCAGGCUCGUAGCACACACGGUGCGCAAGUUCUGUUUCAGCUUGCCAACGCCAUGGAACUGUCUUUUCCAGAUGCCUCCUACGACGGCGCCUAUGCCAUCGAAUCUCUGUGUCACAUGCAUGACAGAGGCGCUGCCAUUGCCCAAAUCGCGCGAGUGCUUCGUCCUGGCAGCCGAUUCGUUGUGGCGGACAUACUUCUCGAUUCUUGCUGUCCCAAUCCCCAAGGAUUAACAUGCUUUCAAGAAACAUUCCAGGUCCCGGACCUCCCUUCCGCCGACGACCUGCAAGAUCUUCUACGUCAGGCUGGUUUUAAGGUCAUUGAGUUCACCGAUAUACGAGAAAAUGUCCUGCCAGUGGCCAAGUUCUACGUCCAAAAGGGUCUCGCUGUUGGUGGUGAAGUUGGCAAAAAACUGAUUGAAAUGGGAUCUAGCUUCGAGCAAGUCAAAGGCCUGGGAUACGCUCUGAUUACCGCGGAGCGCCUCUAG